UGCAGUUGAUUUUCAGUGGAGAGUACACGAAGGCCAUGAACAAGGACUGGCACUCUGGACACUUCUGCUGCUGGCAAUGCGACGAGUCCCUCACAGGCAAACGCUACGUUCUCCGGGAUGAGCACCCGUACUGCAUCAAGUGCUACGAAUCGGUCUUCGCCAACCCUUGCGAGGAGUGCAACAAAAUCAUCGGAAUCGACUCUAAGGAUUUAUCGUAUAAAGACAAACAUUGGCACGAGAGCUGCUUCCUCUGCAAUAAGUGCAGAGUGUCUCUAGUCGACAAACAGUUCGGCUCAAAGGUCGAGAAAAUCUACUGCGGUAGCUGCUAUGACGCUCAAUUCGCCUCCAGAUGCGACGGUUGCGGAGAAAUCUUCAGAGCCGGUAAGUCUCUCCAAAAUUAUACCAUCUAA